AUGCAUACGCUUUUAUCUGAGACGCUGCAGAGACACGAACAACCACAACAACAACAACAACAGCAGCAACAACAACAACAACAACAACAACAACAGCAGCAGCAACAACAACAACAACAACAACAACAAAAGGUGCAGAAUGUCAUAGAUGAAACAGCCAGAACACUAGGCUUAGCACAAACACUGCUUCUUUUGGUCUUGGUGGCCCUAGACCGACUCCAUCAUCGUAGUUCGCUUUCACUUCUCCUGAUCCAUCUGCGUACACAGCUAGAUUCUCUCAUAGAUAACCCUCCUGCUCACUCGGGUAGAGUCUUCCAACUCACAGAGAAGAACUGGCAGUUGGUCUUUGAACACGCCUCCUAUUUCCACAUUGAAGACUUGGCGGCAAUCUACAACGACUUGCUUGAACAUCCUCUUGAGUUGACCUUCACCUCCUUCAAAAUUAGAAUUUUGGCGUCGUCAGAGAGUAUCCAAGAUUAUCUGCAUUUCAAUGGAGUCUUUGAUGAAGAGUCCAUAAUUGCAUAUAACGAAUCCAAAAUUGCUGGGCACAUCCAUCGAACGGCCUUCUCUAGAGAAUCGGGUCUUGGAGACAACCCAAGCAGAGCAUCUUCUCAUGAUGUUUGCCGUAUAAUCCAGUCGGAAAACUUUACUGAUUUCCAUUUGAAAAGAUGGAAGGUAUUACGUUUGUUAGACAGGCACAUAUUCAAGCCCGCCACUACUGAGUGA